UUAAUUAAUUAUCCUCCAAUUAUUAUUAACCCACCCCACCCUACCAACUACCAACUGGCAAUAACCGGCCGCCACCACCACCACCGCCACCAGAUGCAGAUGCAGAUGCAGGCAGCAUAUAACUAAGUAAUUUCGAUCAACUCUCAGCCCUACAUUCGUCAUUUCUCUCUCCAACCCCAAACUCAUUCUUCAUCCCUCCUAUUCUUGUCUUCCUCCCCCUCCCACUCAUCCACUCCCCACUGUUGCUGUUUUUUCUCAACCUUUUAACUUAUUAUUACUUUCUUCCCUCUCUCUCAACUCUCAACUCUCACCCUCUACCUACUAACUAGAUCUGGCCCAACAUCUAGAGAUGAGGGAACCCGACUCCGAUCUCAAUGAGACCUCCCACCCUCCCCAGUCCCUGCUCGAGCGCCUCAAAGAUUACGGCCAAGAAGACGCUUUUGCCCUCUGGGACGAGCUCUCCACUGAAGAACGCCACCACCUCGUCAACGACAUCCAGAACUUAGAUCUUCCAAGAAUAGAUCGGAUUAUUCGGUGCUCCUUUCGCUCUCAAGGGCUCCCGGCAGCAGCUAUAGAGCCGGUUCCAGAGACCAAUGUGUCGACUGUAGAGAAGCGGACAAUGGAAGAAAGAGAGAGGUGGUGGAAGAUGGGAUUAAAGGCCAUCUCGGAUGGAAAGUUGGGCGUGCUACUUCUGUCUGGUGGACAGGGAACUCGCCUUGGAAGUUCAGACCCAAAAGGCUGUUUCAAUAUUGGACUUCCAUCUGGAAAAUCACUUUUCCAGCUUCAAGCUGAGCGAAUUUUAUGUAUUCAACGACUGGCAGCUCAAUCUGUAAAUGAGGGUUCUGCAAGUGUUACCCCCAUACAUUGGUACAUAAUGACCAGUCCAUUUACUGAUGAACCCACCCGCAAGUUCUUUGAGAGCCAUAAAUAUUUUGGGCUUGAAGCAGAGCAAGUCACCUUCUUCCAGCAGGGCACGAUUCCUUGUGUGUCCAGAGAUGGUAGAUUUAUAAUGGAAACUCCAUACAGAGUGGCAAAGUCUCCUGAUGGAAAUGGAGGAGUUUAUUCAGCUUUGAAAUCUUCAAGGUUAUUGGAAGAUAUGGCUACGAGAGGCAUAAAAUACUUGGAUUGUUGUGGAGUUGAUAAUGCUUUGAUACGCGUAGCUGAUCCAACUUUCGUGGGUUAUUUCAUCGAAACCGGUGUUGCUGCUGCUGCAAAGGUUGUCCGGAAGGCAUACCCACAAGAGAAGGUUGGUGUAUUUGUUCGCCGAGGGAAAGGUGGACCAUUCUCUGUGGUUGAGUACAGUGAACUGGACCAGUCACUAGCUAGUGCAAUAAAUCAGGAAACUGGCCGACUUCGCUUUUGUUGGAGUAAUGUUUGCCUACAUAUGUUCACUUUAGAAUUUUUGAACCAAGUAGCAAAUGGUCUUGAGAAGGAUAGCAUCUAUCAUCUAGCAGAAAAGAAUAUCCCUUCGAUUCACGGGCACACAGUGGGUUACAAACUAGAGCAAUUUAUAUUUGAUGCAUUUCCUUAUGCACCUUCCACAGCACUUUUUGAGGUUUUGCGUGAGGAAGAAUUUGCACCAGUGAAAAAUGCCAAUGGAUCAAACUUUGAUACUCCUGAUAGUGCUCGCCUGCUGGUCCUUCGUCUGCACACUCGUUGGGUGGUUGCCGCUGGUGGAUUCUUGACUCAUUCGGUGCCCCUAUAUGCAACUGGUGUGGAAGUGUCACCCCUUUGCUCAUAUGCUGGAGAAAACCUUGAGGCCAUCUGCCGUGGGAGAACAUUUCACGCUCCCUGUGAGAUUGCGUUUUAGUUGUCUUUAUUUCAUUGAUUUUGAGAUGGAUUAUAUAAGAGGCUUUCUUCUUGGUUGCUGUUUUUUUGUCCCCUUGAUUGAGGCCUGUAAAUCAUCAGAAUGCGAGAAUGAGUUGCAAUUUGGCUAAAUGACGACUCUGAAAUCUGAAGGCGGCACUCUCUGAUUAAAAGCUACCUAAGAAAUAAAAAACCACAACAUUUUUCUUCA